GAUGGAUAUUCCAGAACUCCCCCGUAGGUUAUACACUUUAGGGGAAGAGCCAGAAGCCCACAAUAGCAUUUCGUAUCAUACGGAUAACAAGAAGUUGCAUACUGCUCUUAGGGAAGCUCUCACUGAUGCUGAAUUUGAAGAGCUCAAGGAGUCGAGAUUGGGAGUUUUCAUCAAGUUCAAGGAGCAGGGAUUUGGUUGGGCUUCAAGGCUGGUUCACUACUUGCUCAGUUUAAAGCUGGACAUUAAGAAGAAGUACGAGAUGUGGUGUCUCGUUGGUCCAGAACCUGCGAGGUUUUCACUGUUAGAGUUUGAAAACAUCACUGGUCUAAACUGCGAGUACAUCGAGGACCUUGAGACACCAGAAUGUGAAGUUACCCCAAAGAUGGUUUCUUUUUGGGGGAUGAUGGGAGUUCAUCUGGAAGCUGGGCCAACUACUGAUCAGAUAAUAGCAGCACUGAAGAGAUGCGGGGAUUGGUCCAGGGAAGAUCGCAAGCGACUCGCGUACCUUUCCAUCUUCACUGGAUUCAUUGAAGGGAGAAAGUUUUCAACCGCUACACGAGCUACUCUGGCAAGGCUAGUGAUGGAUUUAGAACGGUUUGAGAAUUAUCCAUGGGGGAGAGUCGCGUUUAAGGUGCUGAUGGACUCUUUGUGGAACAAAGAUAUUACUGGCUGUUACACCGUGGAUGGGUUUAUACAAGUUCUUCAGGUCUGGGCGUACACAGCUAUUCCGGGAUUGGGUGCUAGUAUUGGUAGUCCCAGAGAAAACAGUCCGUCUCCACCGAUUCUGGCUUACGAGGGCAGCAGAGGC